GCCACCAUCUGAUAGACAACAGCGAUAGUUCGCACGAAUGGCCUGGCUUUCCGGCUGGUGUGAAAUUUGAUCCAUCCGACGCGGAGCUGCUGGAUCAUUUGGCUGCAAAACGAGGCAUGGGGAAAUCGGAGCCCCACUUGUUCAUCGAUGAGUUCAUCCCAACUUUGAAAGGCGAAGGGGGAAUCUGCUGCACUCAUCCGGAAAAUCUUCCAGGAGCCAAGAUGGAUGGAAGCAGUGCUCAUUACUUCUAUAGAAUUACCAAUGCAUACGCUAGUGGCGGAAGGAAGCGCCGUAGAGUUGGGGAUCAAGAAAGCGCAUGCGUGCGUUGGCACAAGACGGGCAAAACCAAGGCUGUGAUGCAAAAUGGGAUCCAUAUAGGUUUUAAGAAAAUCAUGGUUCUUUACGAGACGUCAAAGAGGGGAUGUAAGGACGAGAAAUGCAAUUGGGUGAUGCAUCAGUACCAUCUCGGGAGCGAUGAGCACGAGAAAGAGGGAGAAUACGUGGUCUCUAAGAUCUUUCAUCAGCCCGGGAAGGAGAGUGAUAAGAUUGGAAGUCUUACUUUGGUGAAGGAAGAGUCUGAUGUAAAGGCGGUUCCUGUGAUCCCAAUGACGCCUAAGAUGACUACUCCCGACCUUCCUAGUCAGGACGGAACUCCGUAUUCGGAUGGCUAUUCGGACGAUUGUUUCCUUCAGUCACUACUUCAGGAAACCGAGCAUCUCAGCUCACCACAUCACGCUUCCUAUAGUUCUCGGUUAGAAGAUGUUGAGUUCACCACUUGCUUGGAUAGAAUCACCAAAGCUGAUGAUUUUAGUCGACCGAACUCCCCAUCCUGCAACGAGAUAGUUGAGUCUAAAGAUGCAUCUAGUGACAUAAACGCUGCGCACAACAAAGACACCACCGGUUGCAUUGGAAUAGGCGGGCUUGAGAACUUAGAGCUCGACACUGCACCAGAUUUCAACUCACAGGAGUUGCAGUUUUCGUCCCAAGACAACAUGUUUGAUAUGUUUGGCCUACCGUGGUAGGACUUGAAAGGUCCCAUUUUGAACCUCUUGUGGCCCCCGCGUACGAGCAAAUAGCUAUUAACUACUCCAUCUGUCCGUGAAUAGGAGUCUCAUUUCUUUUCGUCACGAGUUUAAAGAAAUAUUAAGAAGAAAAGUAGGUGGAAGAAAGUUAGUUGAACAUAGGUCCCACUUGUAUAUUAAUUUUAA